AUCCGACUGCGCCACCUAGUGACGAAAAUUAGUAACGUCAAUGAACAAAGAGAGCUAGCUAGCCACUGUAGAAAUUAAGGUUGUGUUUUAUCUCUGUCAGUUGUUGAAGGAUAGCGUAAGAGUGAAUGAGAUGCAAGAAUUAUACUUUCGGCCAUCAUAACCAUUUUUCUUUUCUUGUGCAACUGUUUCUCUUCGCUUCGGUUUCGGUCGUGUUCUAGUCUAGUGCAAACGCAAGGAUGGGCGCCAUUCGUGCGAUAUAAUUUUCCUUUUCUCGUGAAGCGAAACUGUGCGCGUCCACUGCCGGGUGUGUAGCUAUGCUAUAGUGAAUCUGGUGUUCGGUGCUUUCGGUCUGGCUGUGCGGUGCCGACGUGCUAGGAGCUGAGCUCGGAAGCCUGGGCUUGGCGUGCGGUGGUGCAGGCUCGGUAUGGGUACAAGCUGAAGGGACGGCCGCGGCCUCCGGUGUUAGGCCGCUCGCGCUUCGCCACCGGCCCGAUGAGCGGGGCACGUUCUGCGCGGCGGAGGUUAUUUUAUGGGUAUUUGCGUGAGUUGUCGGCGCCGCGAGCGGAAGGCACCCGAGAAAAGGUCGGUGCCGAGCGCGGGCAGGCCCGCUAAGGGCACUGCGGCGGCUGAAUUGCUGCCGCGGCACAUUGAUCAUCUGCCAGCCAUGGCCAACUCCAUAUCCAACAUCAAGAUGACCAACCCAAUCAAGAAUAUGGUCAGCCGGCAACGGAUACGAUAUAUCAAGGACGGAUUUAACCUGGACUUAGCCUACAUCACUGAUAGGCUGAUAGCGAUGGGAUUCCCCGCCGAGAAGCUGGAGGCAGUUUACAGGAACCACAUAGACGAGGUGUACAGGUUCCUGGAGCAGAUGCACAAGGACCACUACAAGAUUUACAACCUCUGCGCCGAGAGGUCCUACGAUGAGAGCAAGUUCCAUUAUAGGGUGGGUCGAUACGCGUUCGAAGACCACAUGCCGCCGAACAUCGAACUGAUCCAACCGUUCUGCGAGGACGUCCACAAGUGGCUGAGUGAAGACCCGCGGAACGUCGCCGCCGUACACUGCAAGGCAGGGAAAGGACGCACAGGUACAAUGGUCUGUUGCUACCUGCUGUACAGUGGGCAGAAAGCGACGGCGGACGAGGCGCUGCAGUUCUACGGAACGAAACGUACACAUGACGAAAAGGGUGUAACGAUACCGUCUCAGCGUCGGUACGUGGAAUACUACGCGGCGCUUCUUAGUUCCGGAUUGCAAUACACGGCGACCGCGGUGUACAUCAGGGAGUUGGUGAUGUCGCCGUGGCCCGUGCUGAGUGGGGGGCCGUGUUCGCUAGAGCUCAGCGUUUCACAGGCUCAGCCGCCAGUUAAGGCGCCGCAGGGCUGCCACGAGGUGGUGGGGCAGGGCUCCCGCGUGUGCCUCACGCCCUGUAUGUAUGUGUGUCCCGUGACGUUGCAGGCGCCGCAGGGCUGCCACGAGGUGGUGGGGCAGGGCUCCCGCGUGUGCCUCACGCCCUGUAUGUAUGUGUGUCCCGUGACGUUGCAGGCGCCGCAGGGCUGCCACGAGGUGGUGGGGCAGGGCUCCCGCGUGUGCCUCACGCCCUGUAUGUAUGUGUGUCCCGUGACGUUGCAGGCGCCGCAGGGCUGCCACGAGGUGGUGGGGCAGGGCUCCCGCGUGUGCCUCACGCCCUGUAUGUAUGUGUGUCCCGUGACGUUGCAGGCGCCGCAGGGCUGCCACGAGGUGGUGGGGCAGGGCUCCCGCGUGUGCCUCACGCCCUGUAUGUAUGUGUGUCCCGUGACGUUGCAGGCGCCGCAGGGCUGCCACGAGGUGGUGGGGCAGGGCUCCCGCGUGUGCCUCACGCCCUGUAUGUAUGUGUGUCCCGUGACGUUGCAGGCGCCGCAGGGCUGCCACGAGGUGGUGGGGCAGGGCUCCCGCGUGUGCCUCACGCCCUGUAUGUAUGUGUGUCCCGUGACGUUGCAGGCGCCGCAGGGCUGCCACGAGGUGGUGGGGCAGGGCUCCCGCGUGUGCCUCACGCCCUGUAUGUAUGUGUGUCCCGUGACGUUGCAGGCGCCGCAGGGCUGCCACGAGGUGGUGGGGCAGGGCUCCCGCGUGUGCCUCACGCCCUGUAUGUAUGUGUGUCCCGUGACGUUGCAGGCGCCGCAGGGCUGCCACGAGGUGGUGGGGCAGGGCUCCCGCGUGUGCCUCACGCCCUGUAUGUAUGUGUGUCCCGUGACGUUGCAGGCGCCGCAGGGCUGCCACGAGGUGGUGGGGCAGGGCUCCCGCGUGUGCCUCACGCCCUGUAUGUAUGUGUGUCCCGUGACGUUGCAGGCGCCGCAGGGCUGCCACGAGGUGGUGGGGCAGGGCUCCCGCGUGCGCGUGUGCCUCACGCACUGCACGCCGCUGCGCGGGGACGUGCGCGUGGACGUGUACAACAAGAACAAGAUCCGCAUGAAGGGCAAGGAGAAGCUGUUCCACUUCUGGUUCAACACGUUCUUCGUGGCGGCGCAGGUGGGCGCCGAGAGGGUACAGCCGCCGCCCGAUAGUUCCAACGAGGAGACAUUCAAGCUUACACUGAACAAAUGGCAGUUGGACGACGCACACAAAGACAAACAGCACAGUAAAUAUGCGCCUGAUUUCAAGGUGGAGCUGAUAGUUCAGAAGCAGCCGGAGUGCUCCCGGUUCGCGGGCGGCGGGCGCGCCUCGCCCCCUUCCUCCUCCGCCUCGGACUACUCCGACCACGAGCCUGACGCCGUCUGGGACUCUGGGCGGUGCGAGCACGUGGGCCGCUACCGGCAGCUGUCGCCGGACGCGGCGCUCACGUAACUACAACACGUGAAUCCACAUACUUGUGAGGGCGACAACGACUCUCGCCGACUCUCCACUUUCUAUAAAACCCUCGCUUUCCCCACACGGCAAAGGCUUGAACUCUAAGGUGCCGUGCAGACUAUCCCCCGAAGCCAAUGCCCUAGUGAUGUUAAACAGAACAGAUAGUGUUCUAUGUGUGUUACAAUGUGUAGAUAUUUUAAUGUAAAGGGUAGUGUGCCAUGCUGAAAGACGUGUAAGGUACGGACCAUGUGAUAAGUGUGCGAUACGGAGUGGUACUAACGUCGCUACCUCGAUGUGAAAUACAAUAUUUUUUCUUCGGCGACCCCCCAACGCCGGGAAUGCAUGUCACAAGCUAAGUUCUUGUCUUAAUUACGUAAAUUUAAUGACUGAUAGUACAUCGGAUUAUAUUUUAUUGCGUGAAUCGGCGCGUGCUGAUUCCACGGGGACAAUGCAGGUCAUAUUUUUCACUCGCGAGGUGAAUGAACUUUUUGUUUACAUUAGCGUUUAUGUAAUGAUAACCAUGAUUGAUGUUGAAAUAGCCAAUAUUGCCACAUGGAGAAAUAGCUGUUCGCUUUUUAAAUGUAGUUAAUAUAACCGGCCAGUGUUGUAAAUCCUCUAAGCCCUAAGGUUUGAUUAUCUGUGGCCGGACGACGCCGGUGUGGCGGGAAAUUGGAAUAUUCCACUUUUAAUUUUUUGGCUUUUUACAAGUUGGUUUUUGUUUUGAAAAUAGUGAACUUAUUUAUUUUUAUUGUCCACUGUCACUAAAGACAUUGAAUACAAUGUUUUCUGAUUUUAUUUUAUUUUUAUUAAUCUACAAAUUGAAAGUGGGAACAAUGUUCCGCCACGAGCGGCGCGUCCGUCUUGAAACGUUGUAUGAUUUCAAAAUGUUUUUUUGAAAUAUUGUGUUCAUUUCGUGUACCUAUAUGUUUGUAAGUUUUUAUCGAUGAAUUUUGGUUCUAAGUCUGCGUCUGAAGGUAUAAGAAUAUAAAGCACGGUGCUUACGAUCGUCAAUAUGUGAAAGAAAUUGUUGAUUUCACAACAAAAAAAAAUUGUUUUACAAUCGAAUCAUAUGAAUUUGGUUGCACAAAUCGAUAUUCACUCCUAAAUGGAUGCCGCGUUUGUGAUUUGUCAUUAAAACUGUUGAUUGUGUGUGAAUAUUAAACAAAAGUAUUCAAUUAAGUAUACCUGAAAGCUAACGAUUUAUUAGUUAAUUUAAUUGGUCAGAUGUGAUUAGAAUGAUUGGGUAUUUGACGUUAAACAAAAACUUGUGCAAUUUAAAAUAUUUUGUCUUAAAAAGAUUUUGUUUAGUUUAGCGAGUAUAAGAAAUUACAUAAAUACAAAUUUAUUGUAAAUAUACAAUAACUGUUUAAAAAUUUAAAAUUUUCUCACAGCAUCCUCCUGGCGGAUAAUUUAUCCUUUGGUUAUGAUACAAUAACGAGUUUAACUUAUUGCUCCUGUUGUGAAAAAUUAAAUAUUUUUUUUUAUGUGGCAGUAAAGCAACAAUAAAAAAAUCCUUUUUUGAAGUCUAUUGACAAAAGUUCUCUUUUCUGCACAUGUCUUGUGGUAGAUUUUCUUUGGAAGACAAAAUAUAUAUAAUAUUUACAUUGUAAUACACACAUUAUUGCUGAGUUUGUUGUGUCAAUACGAUUUGCAGCAAUUUUGUUGCGCUUUACACAGUACUAGAAAUUUCACUGGUGUCUUUUUAACCGCAGUUUUGCCGAUGCUCACGGCGGUGUUAAAAAAUAAUAAUUUGCAAAUGAAACGGUAAUAACUCGGCCUUAUUUCGUAUACAGAUAACGGUCAAAACAGAUACAUGCGCCCCUGUGUCAAGUACCCAAUCGUAUUAGUUUAUAAUAAAUGUACAGUGAGUAGAAACUUGACUUUAACAGUUUCUGUUGCCAACCAAUAGUCAGGUUUCUAUAUACCUCACUGUACUUCGGUAAUUUAAAGAAAUAUUUGCCGUGCGGCGAGGCAGUUGUUCCCACCAGCUAUCGACUAAGUCCCAGACGGACAGUUUAUAUUUUUUUUUCUUUUUUUUUUUUUGUUUUUUUUUUUUGUAUAGUUUAAAAAGAUCUCAGCGGCUGUCUUCAUUAGGUUUAUUUGUGCGAUGCGUGUUCUGUGAAAUUUGCGUUUUAAAAUUUUGUUCUAUUUUUAAAUUUAAAAAAAAAUAUUUUUCUGCGUGUAAAGUAAACUACCUUAAAACUUUAAUAUAUCUAUAACUAUAGUUACUUAUGUUCAGAAUUGGACGUCCUAUGGCUAAAAUAAUGAUUAUGAUGACUACCUUUAAAAAGAUGCAUGUAUCAAAUUAAAUUGUAAUUAGCUAUUUGGCUGUACUGGCGUACGUAGUUUUGCGUAUUAAAAUUUGAUAAUACGUACGCACCCUGACCUGAUUCGUGCGGGACUGAAACUCAGUGACAAUGGGGUGUUAUUUAAUAACUUAUUUAUUUAAUGAUAUAGAUCACAGUUCCAACUCUUAGUGUCGAUGGGUUUAUUUGAAUGCCCUAGUGUUUCUUUAACCGGAGACAUGAGAUUCUUCUUGUAGACGAUGCGCUAGCAACCUGUCACUAUUUAAAUUUAAAUUCUAUCUUAAAGCCAUACAGAUGAACGUGGCCUUUCAGUCGAGACUAUUGCCUCUGUCAACCCCGCAAUGGAUAUAAAUGUGAUUAUAUGUAUGUAAAACUUCAGAGAGAAAAUUUAAGGUGCGACCGCUAUAACAUGAUAGCAUAUAAAAUGGUAGGAAUUUUCUACCUACGUUUGUAACGUAACUCUAUUUAAACUACCAAGUGUGUUAUAUUGUGAUACCUAUUCUUGUUUUAAAGUUGUCCAUAAUGGAAUUAAAUAUAAUAACACGAUAACAAAAAGGGACAGUUAAAUUUUUGGUAAUUUUUGUAGUUUACUAUUUUUGUAUAUUGAUAGUUUCGGGAAUUAGGUAUUAAUUUUUUUUUUAAGUUAUAUUGGUACAACAAUUAUGCAUAAGUACUUUAAUUACGUCUUUAUUCAUUACCGGGAAGACAGAGCCAAUAGUCUCGAAAAGACUGAAUGUUCACCCUAGCUGGAUACUAGUGAUAAAAUAGAUAUGGUUACAAGAUAAAUAAUUAUAUGGUAUUUGGGAAACAAAUAAUAUCUGUUCGGGCAACAUGUACAAUUCGGCUUUAACAUACAGUUUUUUUCUUACUCACUUCUUAGGGACCACAAAAACCAUUCACGUCACGCUUAUUUUGCAACGAAUUCAUUUAAUUUUGUAAACGAAAGUAACCGCCAAUUUCACAGGAAACGCAGCGCUACUGAAAUAACUUCAAAAACUAAGAUACAAUAUGUUUAAAAAUGUGCGUUCAAACAGAACAUAUGUUCAUCUUGGAAUGAUUUUUGACAGAAUGCAAAGUAAAAUGGUUUUUAUGUCAAUAAGAAAAAGGAAACAGUAAAUCUUUAGCUAUGCCAAUAAAAUAAUUCUAUAAAUACGCAAAUAUUGAAGUUGCAUUCGCUUUGUAGAGCGUUGUCUCUUGCUCACACACAUUUAUAAAUUUAAUUUUAAAUUUUAAACUAAAGCAAUAAAGAACAUUUUCGGUAGCUUCAAGUGUCAAAAAUCAUCCUAAGAUGGGCCUGAUACAAUUUCUGUCCCGCCCUUACUAACGAACUUGAUAAGGCAUAUGUUUUAUCUUUUCUUUCUCUCUCUCUAUUUAUGAAGUUAGUUGAAGUGUAAGAGAGACGGAAGGUAAAACAAAUGUUUUAUUAACUCUCUUAAAAAUUCCCAUAUUUAUGUGAAUGAUAUGACACCGACUUGCGGCCGCUUCAAUAUAUUCUGAUUUGAUCAAAUCACAUAAAUGUUUAAAUUCGUAAUUUUUUAAUAUAUCAAUUCUAAAAUAAUAAGUAAAUAAAGUUCCUUUUUAUUUAUUUUAUUUAAUAAUUUUUCAUAAAUCAACAUAAGUUGUAACAACAACAUAAAUUUCAAAUAAAAAUUGAUAAUUUUGUUUUUAAAAAAAGUUGGAAUAGUGAUAUGAUCGAAAAUUAAGAGUUAUUGAAGUGUCGCUCAUUUCCUGCCGUAUAAUGCUGUCAACUGUUAUUUGAAAUGCUAGGAACCAAAAAAAAAAAAAACAAUUCAUGUUGUCUCCGUUCAUAGGAGGUUCGGGUUCAUAGACAAAAAUAAAAUUAUUAUAUCAAUGACUAAAUUUUGCACGAUUUCACAACGUGCGUUGGAGAAUUUUAAGUGAAUGGCCUAUUUUGAAUGAGAACAAUUUGUCAUAGGAACUCGUCGCUCAAAUUUUGAAGUAAUUAACUUGCUAAAUAGAGUAUUGUAUAAAAGCAACCGUUCCUAGCCUUUCUCAGUAUAACGCUACACACUCGUCACAGCUACACUUAAUUUUUUAAUUGUAAAUAAAAUGAUUACAUUAGAUAUAAUCCAGAUCUGUCUUAAAGUUAAGUAGGUGAUGUUCUGAGCAGAUUUUUAAAGCUUUGACAUUAUAUUUCGAGAGAUAGAUGCACUUUUGGUAACUAUAGUUUCAAGGUUUUUCCUCAAAAAUCAGGGUUAUGGAGUCCUCCGAAGAUAUAUAUAUAUAUAUAUAUAUAUAUAUAUAUAUAUCGCUAUAUGGCUCGGUGUUAUUAUACCAGGGGAAUCGCGGCUCAAAUUGUUUUUGUCGUUCAAUCGGCGGCACAUACCGCUGGUAAAACGAUGUUGCCAUUUUUUUAGGGGAAUUUAUUUUGAAUUUAAAAAAAUACUUUAUGAGUACUGAGUUUCUGGUACAUAUUAUGGAAGAGGAAAGCUCACCAUACCACUAGGUGGCUCCAAACUCCCUGAUAUCAGAAUCAGCCUCCUAACGGUAGUUAUCUGAAGUACAGCUAACUUGAAUACCAGUAGGACGAUGGCAGGUCCACUCGACAAUUAUAUUCAACGAUACUGUGGCGGUUUGUUUCUAUGACGUUCAGGUGCGAUGUUGCGACGUAGAUAACUUGCCUCUUUUAUUUAAUAUUGUAGAGAAUAAUUGGACCAGGCAUGGUCUUCCAUCUUUGAGUAAACAGAUUCAUACAUUAAACUUCUAAAUAUCCAAGCCAAUUGUAGUUUCAAGAAAUUCCUAAUGUAUGCUCAUGACAAAUGUUUCUGAUUAUACCGCCAUCUGUGGUCCAAUCUUCUAUAUUUAUAUAUUUUUUUUAAUUCACUUUUUUUUUCUUUCACACGCAAUGGCCUGACAGUAUUUUGAAACGGGCGCGAUUAAAUUAUGUUCUAAUUCGAUGCGAUAAGUUUUUGUUGUUCUUGUUAAAUUUUUGUUCUCGUAUAUUCGGGAUGUGAAAUUUUUCAGUUAUCUAUGUCUUAGGUACGCGGUGGAUAUGGUUAUAAAAUUGCCAAUAUGAUGUGUAAGGUUACUACCUAAAGUAUUAAAGAAAGCAAUGCCUGUGGUAUUCUAUAAGUUGGUUAAUUUAGUGUGACCUAAAUGGGUAUAGUUAAAAGGGCGGGUAUGAGGAAAUUCGAUAUUGUGAAAAUGAACGGUAAACUUACAUUUUAAUGAUUUAGUUCGCGAACAUGCAUUACGUUUUUGGAUCGCAAUUAUCACAAGGUCAAAUUCGCAGUGAGUUAAGAACAACAUGAGUUAAGAAUAACAACAUCAUAGAGUUUUUACUUCACCCGAUCCGACGAAACGUGUGAUCGUUCAAUAUUGAUUAAUUCGUCUCGUCUGUUUUAGGUGACACGUCAUUCUUAAACAUAUGCGAUGUGUCCACUCUAAUCCCUCCCUUCGCCCCGUUUCUAUACCCAAAAGGUACCGCGCAAGUUGCCUUCUUAUAGGUUUUGGCCUGUUUGUCCUUACGGCGAUAGAUUGAGGAUGCUUCAACGGCUUCCGAGAGUUCUGGCUUUUGGACAAACGCGAUAAGGUUUAAGAUAAGGAAUGGUUAAUGUAGGAUAGAUUAGUUCGGUACUAUAAGGUAGGAUAGCAACGUCAUAGAAAUCAUCGGAACGUGAACUCGGUAUAAGCUGCAUUCAACGUUAGUUAUAAAAAUUACAAAAAAAAAAUUGGCUUAGUUUCGGUUCGUUUAGGCUUUAUGUUAGUUUAUUUCUUUCUAAAGUGAGUCACACGAAUGCUUCCAAUAAAAAAAAACAUGUUUUUAAGUGUCAUUCGCAACAUUUUUCCUUCGCAUUAGUUUGUAAUUUAAUUUUUUAAUGUGUCCCCUUAGAUUUGAAGUAUAGUGGUUAACUAAUAAGUAUUUGACUCAGACUUGUUUCUGACAAUGUUUUUUUUUUUAAUUUCCAGUUGUAAAUAAGCACGUUAAAUUCCAUACCCGAGCUAAUAACGCUCUUGAGUUCGCUCGAUGAAAAUGUUGAGAAUUUUUUAUAAUUGUAAGCUGCAAAUACAAUCUAUUUGGCGUCCGCAACUUUAUACGCAGAGAUAUAUCAUCAAGUACAAAUUUAGGCGUGGUUAGUUCCAUCCGCCGUCGGCAGGCGGAGAUGACUAAGUCAUAACUUAUGUUUCUUGUAAUGUUUAUUUUAGAAUUCUCGCAGUCAUAGUUGUUAAAGCUCCCUUCCAAUCGUGCGCUUAUUAGUGACGGUUUUGCAAUGUUUUCUUUUCAUGAUAAUGUCUUUCAAUUUUUUUUAUAACAUCAACAUUAUUCAACGAAAUAAGUUUGUGUCUGUAUUGUCGAAAUUUGAAAGGCAUUUUGAGUUAAAAAUAUUGCAAUUAAAUCGUCCGCACGCCCAUUCUUUUGGUUUCUCCUUCCCCCUGUCCUAUCGUUCAUCAAAGGUUUAGCUUUAAAGAUUGUUGUUUGCCUUAUAAAAAAAUGUGAUCUUAUGACGAAUAUACUUAAAGGGUGUCACUGAAUACCGCGUUCGCAGGCAUCUUGUUGUGACAGUAAUUUUGUUUGCUUGUCUGUACUUCAACCAUGAGAUUUUACUGCAAGCGUUAGCAAAUGUUUUACAUUAUUUGUUGGUUUCUUAAAUAUACGUCAGAGGCGCUUCAUAAGAUUCCAAACACAUGAUAGGCAUGUUGUUGACCUCUGGUAAAGAACGUGAUCUGCUAAUGAAUUAGUAUCUAAUAAUACUUAUAUAGAAAUAUCAUUUGAUUUCAUUCAAAAGUUUCUUACAACAACUGAUACCGCGCCGUGUUUAUUUUUAAUUUUUUCAUUGUCUUAAGUAAGUUUCAAAGUGGUAAUUUCGUUGAUUUAGUAGAUCACUGCCGUACACGAUUAAUUAAAGUUAUAGUCUAAAAUAAAUUCGCAAAAAAACCUAAUUGUGCCAAGAUACUCUCACCAGUUUAUACCGCUUCUAAACAGUUCAAACCGGUUAAAACUGGACAAUGGACGCCUGCGAACGCGGCUCGUAUGAGAGAAUAUGCCUUGUAUAAUGAUAACAAAAUGAAUUAAGUAAUAUAAGACUUGACGAUGUGCGAUGUAUUGAUACGCUCAGUAGAGGACUGUCAAUUGGAUACAGUGUAGUGUGGCGUAAAGGGCUUUAUUGGUGUGAGUUGGUCGUGCUGCGAUGUCAUUGGUCGGAGUACACGCUUAGAAACAGAAAUCCCUAGGCUUAAAACUGCGACAUAUAUUGAAAUAUGAAUGCCUGAUACACAUACCAGAGAUUAAGACUUGCGCGUGAGUUUUCGACAUUCACAUUCCAAUUUUGAAUGUUAGCUAGUUUUAAGCUUAGACCCACAACUGAACGUGUACAUAUAUCCAGUUUAGAUAAUAUUGGAUAUUUUGAACUGUUUUGAAACUAAUCAACACUUUCGAAGAAUGACCACCCAGUACGACCAAUCGUAUAGAAGUUAAGGCUAUGAAUGGUGCGACGUUAUCUUUUCCGUCUCUUUUUUCCAACGCCACAGAUACUAGUAAAGCCCUCUCCGCAUUAAAGAAAAUAAACUUUUUUAUGAAUCGUAAGUUCUUAGUACGCAAUAAUUAAUACAAAAAAAAAAAAUAUGUAAAUUUUUUCUUAUAGUAAGUAAAAGAUCUCAUAUUACGUCUUAUUUUUGUUUUGUCUUUUUUAUAUUUUGAGGAUCUAUGGCAUAGUCGAGUUGAUUUAAAGACAACCUCUGUAAAUUAAAAUAUAUUGAUGUAUAUA